CACCUGCUAGCCAAAACUGUAUUCUCUCUACAUACAGAAACCAUAGGUGUCCACCCUGCAGAAUCAGUAGUAUCUUCCCUCUGUCGUUUAUUGCAGAUUCAUGAGCUGCAGCUGUAGAGAUGCCCGGCAGAAGCGCCCAUGUAAAUGAACCUAUCACGACUGCAGGGGCCACCGUAGUGAGUACACAGUGAGUGCUGACAGCUCAUUAUCGUUAGGUGUGUACGGACGGGCAGGUACCGGGAGCAGGCAUGCCGGAUACAGCCGGGGAGAACAGCACGGCGCGGUGGUGGGAAGGAUUGAUGGAUUAGUUCGUCAGGACAGAAGACAGAAGAUCCGGAGAGACGGGCGGGUGAACCACGGACCGGGGCGCACACGCAUGCCUUCCCGCGGCAGGGAGAGACAUGGCACCCGAAAGACUGAUGCCCCCUCCCCGGUUCCUCCUCAUCCUCCUCAUCUCUACACUACCCGCCGACGGAGGCUUUCCAGACAAGAUCAUCCUAGGGGCUAUCGUGCCCAAAGGUUCUGAGGAAGAGAUGAGCGCCUUCAAGUACGGUCUGGACAGCUUCAACGGGGAGAAGAACACGGGGAUGAGCAUCCGGCGCUUCUUCGUCCCCGACACGUACCCGGGCGCGCGGGGAUGGCCGCCCUUCCGCCUGCAGGACAAAACCACGUUCGUGGACACGGCGGACAGCUUCCAGCUGGUCAAAGCAGUGUGCUCGAGUUUCGGCAGAGGCGGUGACGGAGUGUACGCCAUUUUCGGCAUGAACGACGUGUCCUGCAUGAACACGAUGCAGUCCUACUGCACCAGCCUGAGGGUACCCUACGUGACCACCAGCUACCCGGCCCUGCCCAACACCACCGGCUUCGUCCUCAGCAUCAGGCCCAACAUCGUUCCCGCCGUCUAUGACGUCAUCCGCAAACGAUACAAGUGGAGGAUGUUCACAUACCUGUACGACGACGCCGAAGGUAGGUCAUAUUGACAGAGCGAUGUUUUUUUUUCAACUUUAUUCUCUUAGACAGCUAAGAGCUUUACAAUCAAGUAACAUACAGGAACAUGAACUAAAUGUGUUAAUAGGUCUCCAGCUCACACAGCAUGAUAAUUAUAAGUUUCAAAUAGAUUCAUAAAAUUUUGAAAUACAUCAUCUU